CCCCCCCCCCCCCCCCCCACCCCCCCCCCCCCCCCCCCCCCCCCCCCCCCCCCCCCCCCCCCCCCCACCCCCCCCCCCCCCCACCCCCCCCCCCCCCCACCCCCCCCCCCCCCCACCCCCCCCCCCCCCCACCCCCCCCCCCCCCCACCCCCCCCCCCCCCCACCCCCCCCCCCCCCCACCCCCCCCCCCCCCCACCCCCCCCCCCCCCCACCCCCCCCCCCCCCCACCCCCCCCCCCCCCCACCCCCCCCCCCCCCCACCCCCCCCCCCCCCCACCCCCCCCCCCCCCCACCCCCCCCCCCCCCCACCCCCCCCCCCCCCCACCCCCCCCCCCCCCCACCCCCCCCCCCCCCCACCCCCCCCCCCCCCCACCCCCCCCCCCCCCCACCCCCCCCCCCCCCCACCCCCCCCCCCCCCCACCCCCCCCCCCCCCCACCCCCCCCCCCCCCCACCCCCCCCCCCCCCCACCCCCCCCCCCCCCCACCCCCCCCCCCCCCCACCCCCCCCCCCCCCCACCCCCCCCCCCCCCCACCCCCCCCCCCCCCCACCCCCCCCCCCCCCCACCCCCCCCCCCCCCCACCCCCCCCCCCCCCCACCCCCCCCCCCCCCCACCCCCCCCCCCCCCCACCCCCCCCCCCCCCCACCCCCCCCCCCCCCCACCCCCCCCCCCCCCCACCCCCCCCCCCCCCCACCCCCCCCCCCCCCCACCCCCCCCCCCCCCCACCCCCCCCCCCCCCCACCCCCCCCCCCCCCCACCCCCCCCCCCCCCCACCCCCCCCCCCCCCCACCCCCCCCCCCCCCCACCCCCCCCCCCCCCCACCCCCCCCCCCCCCCACCCCCCCCCCCCCCCACCCCCCCCCCCCCCCACCCCCCCCCCCCCCCACCCCCCCCCCCCCCCACCCCCCCCCCCCCCCACCCCCCCCCCCCCCCACCCCCCCCCCCCCCCACCCCCCCCCCCCCCCACCCCCCCCCCCCCCCACCCCCCCCCCCCCCCACCCCCCCCCCCCCCCACCCCCCCCCCCCCCCACCCCCCCCCCCCCCCCCCCCCCCACCCCCCCCCCCCCCCACCCCCCCCCCCCCCCACCCCCCCCCCCCCCCACCCCCCCCCCCCCCCACCCCCCCCCCCCCCCACCCCCCCCCCCCCCCACCCCCCCCCCCCCCCACCCCCCCCCCCCCCCACCCCCCCCCCCCCCCACCCCCCCCCCCCCCCACCCCCCCCCCCCCCCACCCCCCCCCCCCCCCACCCCCCCCCCCCCCCACCCCCCCCCCCCCCCACCCCCCCCCCCCCCCACCCCCCCCCCCCCCCACCCCCCCCCCCCCCCACCCCCCCCCCCCCCCACCCCCCCCCCCCCCCACCCCCCCCCCCCCCCACCCCCCCCCCCCCCCACCCCCCCCCCCCCCCACCCCCCCCCCCCCCCACCCCCCCCCCCCCCCACCCCCCCCCCCCCCCACCCCCCCCCCCCCCCACCCCCCCCCCCCCCCACCCCCCCCCCCCCCCACCCCCCCCCCCCCCCACCCCCCCCCCCCCCCACCCCCCCCCCCCCCCACCCCCCC